AUGACAUAUGUACCGGGUACUGUGGCAUAUGUACCGGAUACUGUUACAUAUGUACCGGGUACUGUGACAUAUGUACCGGGUACUGUGGCAUAUGUACCGGGUACUGUGACAUAUGUUCCGAGUACUGUGGCAUAUGUACCGGGUACUGUGACAUAUGUUCCGAGUACUGUGACAUAUGUACCGGGUACUGUGACGUAUGUGCCGUGUACUGUGACAUAUGUACCGGGUACUGUGACAUAUGUUCCGGGUACUCUGGCAUAUGUACCGGAUACUGUUACAUAUGUACCGGGUACUGUGACAUAUGUACCGGGUACUGUGACAUAUGUACCGGGUAUUGUUGAAUAUGUACCAGGUACCCCUAAUCAUACGUAUGUAUCUAUCUAUCUAUCUAUCUAUCUAUCUAUCUAUCUAUCUAUCUAUCUAUCUAUCUCAUCUAAUGCUAUCUAUCUAUCUAUCUAUCUAUCUAUCUAUCUAUCUAUCUAUCUAUCUAUCUAUCUAUCUAUCUUUUAUUUGAUUAUUUCCCCCCCAAACAAUCGACCUAGACUAUCUAUCUAUCUAUCUAUCUAUCUAUCUAUCUAUCUAUCUAUCAUGAGUAUUUCUGUCGUGUGUCUUAGACAAAUAUUGACUCCUUCCGAUUGUGCCACAUCUCUCUCUCUCUCUCUCUCUCUUUCUCUCUCUCUCUCUUUCUCUCUCUCUCUUUCUCUCUCUCUUUCUCUCUCUCUCUCUUUCUCUCUCUCUCUCUCUCUUUCUCACUACCUCAGCACUGUAUGUGAGUGGGUGAGCUUCAUAAUUAUACCUUUUCUCCUAUAUCUUACUUUUUGCACACCCAUAUCUCUCUCUCUCUCUCUCUCUCUCUCUCUCUCUCUCUCUCUCUCACGACACGGAGAAGCACGAUCAUGGGAUAAAUAUUCUCUCUCCCCUACGUCUGUCUGUCUGUCUGUCCAUCUCUUUCGAGGCCCGUUUACUCCAGUUAUAGUUGAUGGAACCGCCACAUCAACAAUCAAGGCGUUGCUGCUACGGUUUCUUUUGUUUGUUUGUUUUUUAACUGAAUGA